CCAUUUUUCCAGUAAUCUUCGACGCUCAUGCAUAUUAAAAUAGUAAUUCAAAUAUAAUAAAUAAAUAAAAAUCAAACAAACGAACAAAAAUGGCUCUCUUUCUUUUCUGGGUUCAGUCAGUCAGACCUUUGAAAACUUAAAGCUGAGAGCUUUCAAGCGACGACCUUUUCAAUGGGACUUUCGUAUGAUUAUUCCUCUUCAUAUUUUUAUUAUUGGUGUUCUUCAGUGGGAAGACUUGGAAGAAUAAUAUUAUGUGAGAAAGAGGCCAAGUAGCUCGAAAUUCGACUCUCUGAUCGACCAUGGCGUCUAAUACUCGCGGCUUUUCUCCACAGUCAGCGGCCGAGAAGGCUGUUUCGGUUAUAGGCUUCGGCUACGAUAUCUGUUCCGAUAUUCGAUUCUCUGCCUGCAAAUCGGGUCCUUCCGGGUCGACAUUGAUCGACCUCGACCCGACCCAGACCAGAGACCUCGUUGUUCCUGGCGGGGUUCUUGUUCCUCAUGUGCCCACCUCCAUCAGAUGCGAUAAAGGAGAGCGCACCAGAUUUCGCUCCGAUGUCCUUUCUUUUACUCAGAUGUCAGAGCAAAUGAAUAAAGAGUUGUCUUUAUCGGGAAAAAUUCCUUGUGGGAUGUUUAAUACUGCUUUUGGCUUCCGGGGAUGCUGGCAAAAGGAUGCAGCUACCACAAAGAGUCUUGCUUUUGAUGGUUGGUUCUACUCACUUUACAAUAUUGAGCUAGCAAGGUCCAACAUUUCACUAUCGAAACAAGUGAAACAAGAAGUACCGAGCUUAUGGGACCCUGCUGCCCUCGCCGAGUUUAUUGAAAAGUAUGGCACUCAUGUUAUUGUUGGGGUAAAGAUGGGAGGCAAGGAUGUAGUUCACGUCAAACAGCUACAAAAUUCAAAUCUUCAGCCCAAUGAAGUGCAAAAACUGUUGAAAGAAUUAGCCGAUGAAAGAUUUUCUGAAAACGUAGACACACAGCCGGCUUUGAGUGCUAAUGAAUUAUCCGGAAAAGUUAUGGAAGAGUGGUCGAUGCCAUUGGAUUUUCACAAUUCAUUCGCUGCCUCAUUUAGGCCGCAUUCCAUCACACACACAAUGAAAGAUGAGACAAUGAGCAUAAGUGUUCGAAAGGGAGGCAUUGACUUCGGUCAAAAUCAUAAAACGUGGCUUUCAACCGUAUCACAGUCACCUGAUGUAAUAUCAAUGACUUUUGUCCCAAUAACUUCACUCUUAGGUGGAGUUCCAGGAAAUGGAUUUCUAAGCCAUGCAGUUAAUCUAUAUCUUAGAUAUAAGCCACAAAUAGAGGAACUGCAUCAAUUCUUGGAAUUUCAAUUACCACGCCAAUGGGCGCCAGUGUAUGGCGAUUUGCCUCUCACUCUUAGGCAUAGAAAACUUGCUUCCCCAUCUCUUCAGUUCACUUUUAUGGGACCCAAGCUUUAUGUUAACACUAUGAAGAUUGAUUCAGGAAAACGGCCAGUCACAGGACUCCGUUUAUACCUAGAAGGUAAGAAAAGUGAUCAUCUAGCAAUCCAUCUCCAGCAUCUCUGUACACUUCCCGAUAACCUCCAUAUCCCGGAUGAUCAUAGUUACGAGUCCACCAAUGAACCUGUGGAGCGGGGAUACUUUGAACCUGUUAAGUGGAGCAUUUUCUCGCAUGUUUGCACUGCCCCAGUUCAGUGUAAUGGUGCCUGUAUUGAUGAAUCUGCUUCAAUUGUUACAAAAGCCUGGUUAGAAGUUAAAGUUGUUGGAAUGAAGAAAGUCUUGUUCCUGAGGCUUGGAUUUUCAACAGUGGCAUCUGCCAAGAUCCGUAGAUCAGAAUGGGAAGGAUCUUCAAACACAUCUAGAAGAUCAGGAUUUCUCUCGGCGUUGAUCAGCACAAGAUUUAGUACUGCACUAAAUCCACCUGAGAAGCCAGCAAAAGUGGACUUGAAUUCAGCUGUCUACCCUGAUGGUCCUCCUGAACCUGCUAAGGCCCCCAAAAUGGCAAGCUUUAUAGAUACUAAGGAAAUGGUGAGAGGUCCAGAGGACCCACCUGGAUAUUGGGUUAUCACUGGGGCAAAGCUCUGUGUUGAGGGUGGUAGAAUUUCAAUCAAAGUAAAGUACUCAUUAUUAACCAUACUAUCAGAGGACUCUAUGUUGUUUUUGUAAAGGCCACAUGGGUAACAAGAGCAAAUUCUAUUGUUCCUGUAAAUUUUAUGAUGUAUAUUUACAUUAUUUAAAGUCAUUUACAGAUAUAAAUUGGCUCAAAGCCUUGUAAUAAUGGAAAUCUUGAUUUUUGUUGUUUUUUUUUUUGGAAAUAACUGCUCAAUAUGUACUGGUUGUAACUUUAGGUGGUACAACUUGAGGAGCUCAAAGUGUCUUGAGCAGUUUUUCUAGUAGCCUUGAGAAAUGUAUAACCACCCUUGAGAACUUGUGAUUGAUUCAACACUAUCAAGUUAUAGACUUCUACCACAA